UUUUGUCAACAAAAAUGCUAUUUUUCAAAAGAAAAUGAAGAUUUAAAGGGUUAGAAUGUUUUAGAAAUGAAUAAAUGUUCAGAACUGGUUUCUUUAUCUUUUCAGCCAACAAAAAUAACCCCAAAAUGGGAAAAAUCUAAAUCAUUAGCAUAUACAAAAAAAAAAGUUUUCAAAAAUAACUCAGAUGAAGAGGAGGAAAAAGUGAAGGAUGAAUUACUGAGCGGAUUUGAUGACUCGGGUGCUUUAUCAUUGAAUCCUGAAAAACAUUCUAAAAAAGAACCAUUAGUUAUUCCAACUCUUAGAAAUAGAGAUUGGCAUCAAGAAAUUCUAAAACUCCGUGAAAAAAUAUCAUAUCUUCCUAACAAAGAAUAUUUACAAGAUGGAAAUGUUAUUUCUCAAGAAAAGGAAAAAGAUUCAAAAACAUAUGGUUUAACGUUUAUUGACAAACAAAAAAAGAUUUCACCCGAAAAAAAAGCUCUAGAGCCAUCUAAUACAUCCGCUCCUUCUCUUUCUAAUGCAGAGAAUACAGAAGAGGAAUGUGUUAUCAGAGCAUUAUUAGCAGAAGCAGAAGGACAAAGAACAGAAUCAAAUCUUAUAUUACCUAUGACAUCUAAUACAGAUUGGAAAACAAAUACUCGAUAUUUGACAGAAGAUGAACUAUAUAAGCGAGAUAUUAUGUAUUUACCAGACCCAGCAACUUUGGAAGAUUACGAAAAUAUCCCUGUUGAAGAAUUCGGCAAUGCUUUAUUACGAGGUAUGGGCUGGAAAGAAGGUGAAGGUAUUGGAAAAAAUAAACAAAAAACCGAAAUUCCUAAUAGGAUGAUUCGAAGAACUCAGUUUUUAGGUAUUGGUGCAAAAGAAUAUGAUGCAAAAGAGCAGGAUGAACUGGGAGCAUGGGGAAAGGGCAUUACAAAAAAACAGGCAGAUAAAACUUAUAUUCCCGUUUUAAAAGUAGAUAAAGUAACAGGGAAAAUAAUAUACGAAGAAGCAACUAAAAAUAGAUCAAAAGAAACCUAUGAAAAAAAUACCAGUUUCAGAAAAUCACAAGAAAAAUUUAGAAGUAUUCCAACAAAAAAAAGUAACAAUUAUUCCUUCAAAGAAAACAAAUCAGAGAAUUUAUAUAAAGAUUAUACCGAGGAUUCAUAUCACUCUAGUUACUCAAUUUCAAGGAAAGAUUCGGAUGAUUAUAGACAUCAUUAUAGUGAUAGAAGUAAAAAUCAAUAUUAUAAUACUUAUAAAGAUAAAUAUUAGUUUUUUACAUAUAUUAAUACCGAAA